AAUGUAGGAGCAAUACAUUCUCUCUGCCUUCCCCUGCUAUAAACACCACGCACUCAGCGGGAGGGGUGGCAGCUGCCUGCCUGGACAUGAGCUAGAGCGGCUCUCAGCUGGAACCAUCUCGCUCCACUUCCAGCAAGUCCCAACCGGCAGUGCCGUGUGAGUUCCCUCUCCAGCCCGCAGACGCUCGGCUCCAGGUGGCUCACGGGCUGCCUUGUCCCGCUGGGAUCCUCCGGAUGGAUUCGCUCUGGCACUACCAGUUCCGCAUUAUCAUGCUGGGGGACUCGACGGUGGGGAAGUCGUCCCUGCUGAAGCGAUACACCGAGGGCGCCUUCCUCGACUCCAUCAACCAGACGGUGGGGGUGGAUUUCUACGUCCAGUUUGUGGAGCUGGAGCCCGGGCUCCGGAUCAAGCUGCAGUUCUGGGACACGGCUGGACAGGAGCGAUUCAGGUCAGUGACUCGCUCUUACUACCGCAACUCCGCUGGGGCAGUGCUGAUGUUUGACCUGACCAACCAAGCAUCCUUUGAGAGCAUCAAGGAGUGGCAUCGGGAGGUGACAGACACAGUGAAACCUUUUCACAUGGUCUUUGUGCUGGUUGGGCACAAGAGUGACCUGGUGCCGCAGCGCCAGGUUGAGCGAAAGGAGGCCGAGAAGCUGGCUUCUUCACUGGGGGCAAAGUACAUAGAGACAUCCGCUAAAAGCAACAGCAACGUGGAUGAUGCCUUCCAGCUGCUGACCGUGGAGAUCUAUGAAGCUGUGAAGGCUGGGAUGCUGAGCCCAAACAAGGAUUGGGAUGGGGUGAAAAGCAGACUGCCACCCACAGAGGAGCCCAAAGUACAGAACCUGGAAAAACAAGAGAAGCAGAAGAAGUGCUCGUGCUAGCCAGACAUUGUAGACUAAGAAGCCAGAGUGAGCUAUCAUCACCCACCUUCCCGUAUAAGACUUGGCUGCCGGGCAACUCUAUAUGCAAGGACAGUCACAGUAGCCUCUUCUAACAGGCUAGUAGUUCCCGUUAACCUCUCCCAGCGAAGGCAACAAACAGACUUGGAACAGGUAAUGUUUCCAUCCACUCAUGUUCAAAGGCUGCAGGAUUACACAGCCCCCUUUGUGCUUGGAGGAGAUUCCAAAUAGGAAUCCAAUGGCCUCGGCACUGGAAAAGACUGGAAUUUACACUUGAAUGCAAAGUUAAAUACAUUUUAUUCAUAUUUCUGGUUGCCUUUAGCAUUAACGAUUAGAACAAUAAACAUGCCAAUGAAAAUGGCAAGUGUCCCCCAAGUGACAAACCGCGACUC